ACUGGAAUGAAGGAACGAAGGAAGUCGGAACAAAACCAAUGGCCGAAGCGUUUGGUUUGCAGACUUGUGGUUGGGAUCGGAGGUCACGGGACGCUUAUCUAAGCGACGCGCUACUGAACACCGUCGCGCUGCCCUCUGACAGCGAGCAGAUCUCCUUCUGCUGAAUCGCACAGAGUUUGCAUUAAGAUAUUAUCUCGACCCAGUGUGAGCAAAACUGCCUCAACUGUGUGCCCACUAUGGCAGAUCCUGCGCCCAUACAGGAUUCCUCCGGCCCCACUCUCACCCCCGAACGUCCGAGUUCAACCCGGGCUGGAUCCGCGGUACGACGCAGUACUAAACUCAAAGACACUCGAUCUUCGCGGUCUUCAGUCGCUAGCAGAGUAACUUUGUCCGAUACAAUUGCAAAGGAAUCGAGUUUACCGGAUGUAAGCGAUUCACUUCCGCAAGCUGUCGAAGGCCCCACCGAUACUUUGAACAGUGACAUUACCGCCGAGCCAUCCCAUGACAUCUCCGGCUAUGAAGCGGAUAAGACAGCGGAAGACGAAACGAAUGAGAAUACAGCAGCUGUUCCUGCUGGUCGAGAGAAACUGCUAGCACGCUUCCGAGAGCUGAUUAGUGGGUUGAAUGGGUAUAGCGACGAGCUAUGGACUGAGGAACAUAACCAAGCGGCAGAAUCGUUUCUUUAUGAGUCCCAGAAUAGGAAAAUAUUAGCUUUUAUAGAUACUGAUCGCAAGCCGGCAACCCUCUACCUGCAAGCCGCUCUCCCGCCACGAAAGGUGAAAGAGCUCAUGUAUCUCAUCCGGACGCACACGGAAGAAGGUGAACCUGUAACGGAUCAUAAUUUCAGUCAAAAGGUGCAGCACGGGUUUGUAUCUGGGAACACGAUGGAGAGCCUCUUGCAAUUAAUGCAGGGAACGUAUGUUCCCAUGUUUUCCGAUAAUAAGAGAUGGCCGGAAAGCGCCCGAAGGGAGUUCAGCAAUCAAUUGCACAAAUUCAUGGCAUUCCUCACGGAUGCAGCGUAUCAAAUGAAGGGACAUACUGUCCUUUACGUCCCUAGUGAGAAUGUGGCUGAUCCCGAACGGUGCGCCAAGAUGAAGGAUGUCGUUCAGCGUCUUGAGUCACUGGUAGUACAUUGGACGAGACAAAUCAAGGAAGUCGUGAACAACCAACAUGCAUCGGAGACGACCGAGAAUUCCGGACCUAUCGAGGAAAUUCAGUUCUGGCGAAGCCGCUGCGAUGAUUUGUCAGGCAUUAGCGAGCAGCUGAAUAGGGGUGAUGUUCAACAGAUAUUAAAGGUUCUCGAGCUCGCAAAAUCAUCGUAUCUGGAACAGUUUGUUCGACUCGCGAAUUUGAUUCAAGAAGGAACGGCUCAAGCUCAGGAAAACUUGAAAUUUCUCUCAACCUUGACCGAUCCAUGUCAAACUUUGGCAAAUACUGAGCCGAAAAGUAUUCCUGCAAUCUUGCCUAAGCUUCUUAACUGCAUCAGAAUAAUAUGGGAAAAUUCCCGGUAUUAUAACACAAAGGAGCGCUUGACGAGUCUCCUGCGUAAAGUCAGCAACGAAAUCAUCCGUCGGUGUUGUGCAAAGAUUUCGUUGGAAGACAUUUUUCACGGUGAUGUUCAGGUUAGUAUGGUCAGCCUGCAAGAUAGUAUCAAAUGUGGCGAAUCGUGGAAAGCUAUCUACAAGCGAACCUGCCAGCAUAUUGCCAAAUACUCAAAAGGGAGGUGGGACUUCGACGAGAGCAGCAUUUUUGCACAGAUCGAUGCGUUUGUUCAGCGGUGUCGAGACUUGUUGGAGGUCUGUGAAGGACAGAUUCAGUUUGCGCGGAAAAUCAAUGGUGGUGAAAAGGCUCCCAUCCCUUUCUUCGGUGGUUCUCGGGGUCCAGAAAUUGGUAAAAGCUUGGAGGACAUCGAAGCAGCUUUUGAGAGACACCUGUCGACUUUGUGGAGCAUCCGCAAAUUUAUUCUCGAUGUGAAGGCCACGCGGUGGCAUGACGACUAUAAUAGCUUUAAGCAAGGAGUGAAAGACUUGGAAGUCAUGAUGCAGAACACUAUCACGUCCGCGUUUGAAGGCGCUACGACAGUGGAGACCAGUGUGGAGCUGCUCGAAAUCUUCCAUCACCUUGCGAAACGUGAAGCCAUCAAACGGACAGUGGAGAAGAAGACCGCCGAUAUUUACAUGCUCUUCAUUCAAGAAUUGAAUGCUGUCAAAUCAGAAUUUGAAUCCCACCGCAAGAGCCCGGAAAUCUUACGAUCUCAACCAGAUGAGGCAGGUUCGGCCUAUUGGGCGCGCUCAUUGCUUCGACGUAUCACGUACACGAUGAACAUAUUGCGAAAAGCGUAUUAUCUUCCGCAUACCCUCCUUGCUGACGAAGCGAAAGGGCAGUACGAGCCGCUCGCAGCGGCUCUCGAAGAUUAUGUGUCCAGGACGCACGCAGACUGGGUCGCCAGUUUGCAAGCUGAUUUUGGCCAACGACUCGAAGGAGCACUGAUGAAUCGACGCGGCCAGGGACUAUUGGAGAUGAAAUUUGACAAGGAUCUGCUACGCCUGUUUGCCGAGAUUACGUACUGGCAAAAACUGAAGAUGGACAUUCCUUUCCAUAUUCAGGAGAUUUACAGUAAACGGGAAGAGCUUCGAGUGCUGCGUGAGAACGUUCUACUUGUCAUCAGAGACUAUAAUAGUAUCAUGGAGACCUUAUCUCCCGAGGAACACCUGCUUUUCCGUGAGCGAAUACGGUUGUUGGACCGUAAAAUCAAUCCAGGUCUUACCAGUCUCACUUGGGCAUCUAAAGGCAUCACAGAUUACUUUGUCAAAGAAUGCCGUCGACACUCCCAAGAUGUCCAGAAAACUGUCUCGGACUUUAUAGAGUCAAACUUACGGAUUAAGCGCAACUGCAAGGUCAUCGCAGACUCCCUGCUGUGGUAUGUUGAAAGUAAAAAGAUAUAUGAGCUCGACGAGUUUGAGUCAGCUCAGAAUCGGUACAGAAACAUCGUCCGGGAUAAGCUCAUUGCAGUUCAUGAGAAUAUACAAAACACCUUGCAGAUGACUUAUGAGGUGUUUCGCAAUGAUGGGAAAGAUGUCUAUGGACACUGGGUUAAGUACAUUGAGAAGAUUGAUGGUAUGGUGGAAGAGGCCCUCCGCGCAUCAGUAAAGCGGUCUUUACAGGAAAUCAACAAAGCUAUUAACGGGGAGGGAAAGAGUCGAGACGGCGGUGCGGAGGUUCAGCCACUUUUUAAGGUCAAGGUUGUGCUGGAAAAUCAACGCGUCGACUUCAAUCCGACGCUAAAUCAUUUGGAGGAAACGGUGAACAAGGUGGCUCGAGAAAUGAUAUCAACUCUUGAAGUCGUUCCUCGGUUAGGAGAACUCCUUGCUGCCGACUCAGUUCAAGUAAAGCCGAAGUUCUACGAUAUCAUCGCAAACGAGGACGACAUAUUAAAGAUCUUUGUCAGCAUCCAAAAUGGAAUGUCUGGCAAUGCAACCAAAUGCCAGCAAUAUCUCCGGACGUGGGACACGUACAGAGAAAUUUGGGAGAUCAACAAAGAUGCCUUUAUUAGGCGGUAUGCGAAGUUGAAGCCGGCUUUGUCGACUUUCGAUGCUGAUAUUAACCGGUAUAACGAGGUCGCCAAUAACACCCAGAAGGAAGAAACGCUCACAAACAUUAAUUUUGCACGUCUGGAUUGCUCCCUCCUCAAGCACUCUCUUGUUAGCCACUGUAGCGCCUGGCAGAACAAGCUUACAACGUUGCUCAACACGAAUGCGAGCACAGAGCUCAACAACUUGCAUAAGAUGUUUGUAGAAAAGGCUGAGAGACUCCGUUCCCCUCCCAAGAAUCUGGACCAACUGGGCGAAAGCUUGAACCUUCUGUCCCAGCUGCAAACGGCGUUGCCGUCUAUUGAAGCGCAAUUCGGACCAAUUCGAGAGCAAUACGAGAUCUUGGAAAAAUACGAAGUUCAAAUCAAAGCGGAGGAGAAGACUUUGUUGGAAACCCUGCCUGUCAGCUGGGCUAACUUCCAGCAAACAAUCACAGACGCCGAAAAAUCAUUGCAGGAGUCCAAAGCAAAGUUCAAGGCUGAGCUUCUGUCAUCAGUAGAAGAUUUCGGAAAAUACACAUCCUCUAUCCGCGACGAAUUUACUGCGAAAGGGCCCUUCCAUGCCAGCUUUGGUGUUGAAAAGGCACUAAGAGCGAUUAGCGAAUACCGUAAUACCGUACAAAUAGCGGCAAAUAACGAGCGCAACCUGAAGAAGGGACUCUCGGUUUUCCAGCUAGAACAAUCACCAUCCAAGGACCUUGAAGCAAUGCAGACCUCGCUGGAGCUGCUAAGUCAAAUUUGGCAGCUUUACCAGGAGUGGAAUAAUGCCUAUGAGGGCUGGCGAACAAAACCGUUCCUGAGUCUCGAUGCAGCGGAGGUUGACGAAUCGGUGCAGAAUCUCAUCAAGCGUCUAAACCGGAUGGGUCGCGAGAUGAAGGAAUGGGAUGUAUUCGUGCAUCUACGCGAUCGUGUUCAACACACAAGGCGAACGUUACCUUUAUUGCAAGACUUGAAGAAUCCCGCAAUGCGCGACCGUCAUUGGUCGCAGCUCAUGGAUGAGGUGGCCAAAACAUUUGACCCGAGUGGUGCAGAUUUCACUUUGGAAAAAAUCUUGGAUAUGGGUCUGGAUCAGUAUGCAGAGUCCAUCUCAAACUUGUCGGCCGCUGCAACCAAAGAAUUAUCAAUUGAACAAGGUCUGGCAUCGAUCAAGGACGCUUGGGAACAGCUAGAACUCGACAUUGUACCCUACAAGGAAGACAAGGGUUAUUUCAAGUUGAGGAGCACAGACGCCGUCUUCGAGUUGCUGGAAGACAACCAAGUCACUUUGUCCUCAAUGAAGGCAUCAAAGUUUUUCCUAGCAUUCGAAGGCCAGGUGGAUCACUGGGAGCGUACGCUUUCCCGUAUCAUGGAAGUCAUUGAGCUUCUUUUGCAAGUACAGCGACAAUGGAUGUAUCUCGAGAACAUAUUUGUUGGAACGGAAGACAUCCGGAAACAGUUGCCGAAAGAGUCGGCGGUCUUUGACGGCGUGAACAAUAGCUGGAGAACCGUUAUGGAACGAAUGAUGGCCGACAAAAACGUGCUGCGAGCCAUGCAUCAAUCCGGCGUACUUGAGCAGCUAACAGAUAUGAAUGCGAAACUGGAGAAGGUCCAAAAAUCUCUUGACAUGUACCUGGAAACCAAACGGCAGGCAUUUCCUCGCUUUUACUUUCUCUCAAACGAUGAUCUACUUGAAAUAUUGGGGCAGGCAAAAGAUCCCAAUGCCGUUCAGCCACAUCUUAAAAAAUGCUUUGAUGGCAUCAAUAAAUUGGAGCUGAUAGUGGCUGGCACUGAUACCCGGAGGCACGCGGAAGCAGUCGGGAUGCAUGCUGGCGACGGAGAAUACGUUCCGUUCAGUACACCCGUCGUCAUAGAGGGCCCUGUUGAAGGAUGGUUAACUGAAAUCGAAGCUGCCAUGCGGGUAACAUUGCGACGGCUGCUCAUGGGCACUCUAAUGGCCAUGAAGAAGGCAAAAAUGGACAAGUGGCUCAAAGACUGGCCCGGACAGCUUUUGAUUACUGCAGGUUUGAUUGCUUGGACAAUGGACUGUACCAAAGCUCUGCAAGAUAUCGAAAAGGGUGACAAGCAUUCGAUGAGAGAUCAGAAAAAGCGGCAAAUUAUAAGGCUCAAGAAGCUUGCUGAUCUUGUUAAGCUGCCGCUGAACAAGGUUGAACGCAAGAAGUUGAUCGCGUUGAUAACAGUGGAGGUACAUUCGAGGGAUGUGAUUGAUAAGAUGGUCAAAGCCAACGUUAGCGACGUGAACGCUUUCGACUGGUUAAGUCAAUUGCGGUUUUAUUGGGAAAAGGAGGCAAAAGACGAUGAAGAUUGCUUCAUUCGGCAGAUCAACACUCAAUUCAGAUAUGGCUAUGAAUAUCUAGGCAACAGCGGGAGGCUUGUUAUAACCCCGUUGACGGACCGGUGUUACAUGACGUUAACCACAGCGCUCCACCUCCACCGUGGAGGAAGCCCUCAAGGGCCAGCCGGAACAGGUAAAACGGAAACAGUGAAAGAUCUGGGGAAGGGCCUUGGAAAGUAUGUAAUUGUUCAAAACUGUUCCGAAGACAUGGACUAUAAGUCAAUUGGCCGAAUGUUUUCGGGUCUGGCACAGACGGGAGCGUGGGGCUGCUUCGACGAGUUCAAUCGCAUCAACAUUGAGGUGCUCAGUGUCGUUGCGUUGCAAAUAUCUUGCAUCCUCAGUGCAAUAGCACGAAAUACAAAAGUUUUCGUAUUCGAGGGUCAAGAGAUCAGAUUGAAUGCCGCGUGCGGAAUCUUUAUCACCAUGAACCCUGGCUACGCCGGUCGUACGGAGUUGCCGGACAAUCUCAAAUCACUUUUCAGACCCGUUUCGAUGAUGGUCCCGGAUAGCGGCCUCAUUGCUGAGAUCAUGCUGUUUGCCGAAGGAUUUUCGAACACUCGGAUCCUUUCCAAAAAGGUCGAUACUUUGUAUAAGUUAUCAAUUCAGCAGCUCUCGAAGCAGGAUCACUACGAUUUUGGCCUUCGUGCCAUGACUUCUGCCCUGCGCAGUGCCGGAACACGAAAACGGCAGGACAUGACAGUUGCAGAUGAUGUUGUCCUCUAUUUAUCGAUGCGAGAUAAUAACAUACCCAAACUGACCGCAUGGGAUGUUCCAUUGUUCAUGGGCAUCCUGUCCGAUCUCUUCCCUGGAGUUGAGGCUCCUGCGAUGGAUUAUACCGAGUUUCGAACUGCGCUUAUCGAGGAGAUGAAGAACAACAAUAUUCAACCUUUAGAAGCAAUCAUAACCAAAGUUAUACAACUUUACGAAACGAAGCUCACGCGUCAUGGUGUCAUGGUCGUUGGAGAAACAGGAUCAGGCAAAUCAACUGUGUGGAAGCUACUUCAGCAAACCAGCACUAAGUUAGCCAAAUCGAAUCCGGAGAAAUAUAACUCGGUCAAAGUCUACGCAAUUAACCCCAAAGCUCUGAGUCUUGGGGAGCUCUACGGGGAGAACAAUAUUACUGCAAACGAAUGGACUGAUGGCGUACUCUCCAGUAUCAUGCGAAUAGCGUGUGCGGAUGAGAAACCUGACCAGAAAUGGAUCAUUUUAGACGGACCUGUUGAUACGCUUUGGAUCGAAUCGAUGAAUACGCUUCUUGACGAUAAUAAAGUUCUGACUCUGAUCAACGGAGAGCGAAUUGCUUUGACAGAACAAGUUUCGUUGAUAUUCGAAGUCGACGACUUAUCCACUGCAUCACCUGCCACCGUUAGUCGUGCUGGUAUGAUUUACAUGGACUACAAGGAUUUGGGAUGGCGGCCUUUCGUCGACUCUUGGAUGCAAGGGCGAGCGCAAAAGCAGUCUAUAGAAGCUCUGCGACGACUUAUUGAUAAAUAUGUACCACAGACACUGGAGUUCCGAAGAACGUGUGAAGAACUGGUUCCUGUGCCGGAGAUUUGCGCAAUUCGCUCAUUAUGUGCCCUCUUUGACGCCGUGGCAACGAUGGAGAAUGGAGUAGACCCAGAGGACGUUGAUUCGUACAACAGAAUGAUUGAGCUUUGGUUCCUCUUUUCUGUUAUUUGGGCUAUGGGUGGGUCAUUGACGGACAACAGCCGAAAGCGGUUCGAUAUGUUCCUUCGAGAGAUCGAGGGGCAAUUUCCGAGCAAAGAUACAGUUUACGAAUACUAUGUUGACAAGCAAAACAAAGGAUGGGCGUCUUGGGAAGAUAAGUUGCCAGGAGGAUGGCGCUAUGCUCCAAAUACACCUUUCUAUAAGAUAUUCGUUCCAACGAUCGACACAAUUCGCAACGAAUUUAUUGUUCGGGCACUCAUCAGCAAGAGGAGUCCUGUCCUCAUGGUAGGCGAGGUUGGUACUGGGAAGACAUCCUUGAUUCAUAACGUGAUCUUCAAUCAAGAGACAAGUAACGUCCUCUUGAUAAAUUUCUCCGCUCGGACGUCUUCUAAUGGAUUGCAAAGCAUAAUCGAAAGCAAACUGGAGAAGCGCACUAAGCUCACAUAUGUACCUUGUGGGGGAAAGCACCUGAUUACAUUCAUUGACGACUUCAACAUGCCCAUGAAGGAUACGUUCGGUUCACAACCCCCGUUGGAGCUCAUCCGACAGUGGAUGGACUAUGGGUUCUUCUACGAUCGACAAAAACAGACACCGAAACACGUUAACGACAUCUUAAUGGUCGCAGCCAUGGGUCCACCAGGUGGCGGCAGAAAUACCAUCAGUCCCCGUGUGCAAUCAAGAUUCAACCUCGUCAAUAUGACCUUUCCUAGUGAGGUUUCAAUUAAGCGAAUUUUCGGUACGAUCAUCAACCAGAAAUUACAAGAUUUCGAGGAGGAAGUUAAGCCAUUGGGCGAUAUCAUGACACAAGCCACUUUGGAGAUCUAUAACACAGUAGUUUCCCAGCUGCUGCCCACGCCAGCAAAAUUACACUAUCUUUUCAACCUUCGUGACAUAUCUCGAGUUUUUCAAGGUCUAUUGCGAGCAAAUCGCGACUUUUUCGAUUCGAGAGAAUCCGUUGAAAAGCUCUGGGUCCAUGAAGUUUACAGGGUCUUCCAUGACCGUUUGGCGGAUAGAGAGGACCGUAACUACUUCCAGAAGCUUGUCGAUGACAAGCUAGUGAUGCAUUUCGGGACCUCUUUGAAGCAAUUAUCUCCUGACAGACGACCACCUAUAUUUGUUGAUUUCAUGCGGGACCCUGGCACGGAACCAACGUACGAAGAGAUACCAGAUAUGGGCGCACUGAGAAAAUUCAUGAGCGAGAAGCUACAGGAAUACAACAUGGAACCCGGCUUUGUCCAAGCCGAUCUCGUGCUCUUCCGGGAUGCUAUUGAGCACAUAUGUCGGAUUACCCGUAUUCUCCGCCAACCAGCCGGAAAUGUGCUUCUGAUUGGUGUUGGUGGCAGUGGUAGACAAAGUCUUACGAGGCUAGCAGCUUAUACGGUAGAGACCAUGGUGUUUCAGAUCAAGAUUUCCAAGCAUUAUCGCCAUGUAGACUUCCGUGAAGAUCUUAAAAAGGUGUACCGACUGGCUGGUGUUGACGGCAAACCGAUUGCCUUCCUCAUAACGGAUCAACAAAUUAUAUCUGACAGCUUUUUGGAAGAUUUAAGUAAUGUUUUGAGUAGUGGAGAGGUGCCUAAUUUGUUCACUCCCGAAGAAUUGACCGAAAUCAAGCAGGCUUUGCAAGCAUCGGCCAAGGGAGAGCGCAAUAUCGAUAACGCCGAUGCUGCGUACAGUUGGUUUAUUGAGAGGGUUCGUGCAAAUCUGCAUGUGGUUUUGUGCAUGAGUCCCGUUGGAGACCCUUUCAGAAACCGACUGCGAAUGUUUCCCGCCCUUAUUAACUGCACCACGAUCGACUGGUUUUCGGAAUGGCCUGAGGAUGCCCUAAUGGAAGUUGCAGCGAAAUAUCUCGAAAAUAUUGAUGUGGGAGGGGAGCCGGCCAAGAAGGCUAUAUCGCAAGUGUUUGUGUCGGUACAUACAUCCGUAGUCGAGACCUCUGCAAGGAUGAUUACUGAGCUGAAGAGGUAUAACUAUGUAACUCCAAUCAACUACCUGGAAUUGGUGACCGGAUAUCUGGAAUUGCUCAAGGAGAAGAGGAAGCAGAUCGGAGAAGCCGCGGCGAAGCUCCGAAAUGGUCUAAGCAAAUUGGAUGAUACACGUCAAAAUGUUGAAAAGAUAUCUGUAGAACUGGAGGAAGCCAAAAAGCAGGUGGCUCAGUACCAAAAGCAAUGCGAGGAUUACUUGGUCAUCAUUGUUCAACAGAAACGAGAAGCGGAUGAGCAGGCCAAAAGUGUGGCAGCAAAAGCAGAAAAACUUGGCGCUGAAGAAGAAGAAGUUCGAGCAGUCGCCGAUGCUGCACAAGCCGACCUGGAUCAGGCAAUUCCAGCAUUGAACGCAGCAAUGAAAGCCCUUGAGGCUCUUAACAAAAAGGACUUGAAUGAAAUUCGGUCUUAUGGGAAACCUCCACCGUUAGUUGAAAAGGUUAUGGAAGCCGUAAUGGUUCUGAAGAAAUCUGAGCCAACUUGGGAUGAAGCAAAACGUCAGCUUGGAAAUCCGUAUUUCAUCAAGCAAUUGAUCAAUUUUGAUAAAGACAACAUAUCAGAUAAGAUCCUCAAGAGGAUCAACCAAUAUUGCGCAGAUGAAAACUUCCAACCUGACGUAGUUGGCCGAGUGUCAGGGGCAGCAAAAUCGCUAUGUAUGUGGGUGCGAGCGAUGGAAAGUUACGGCACGAUUUUCAGGCAAGUAGCACCAAAGAGAGAGAAACUGAGACUGGCGCAGGAAACGCUAGAAAAGAAACAGAAGUCAUUGCGAGAAGCCAAAGCAAAGUUGCAAGAGAUUCAGGACAAGCUUGUCGAGCUGAAAACGCAAUAUGAUGAUAAAGUCGGCCUCAAGGAGAAACUGCGACAAGAUUCAGAGUUGACCGAGCUAAAACUACAACGAGCCGAGCAAUUGGUGUCUGGUCUAGCGGGUGAACGGGACAGAUGGGAGCGCAGCAUCAAAAACUACGAGGAGGCUAUGGGAUAUCUCCCCGGUGACUGUUUACUAGCCGCCGCAUUCCUGUCUUAUGCUGGACCUUUUCCAAGUAACUAUCGUCAGGCCCUUGUCAAUUCAGUGUGGUUAGCCCAAAUCAAGGCGCUAGAAAUUCCUUUCACUCCUGCUUUUUCAUUUGACACGUUCAUUGGCAAACCGACGGAUAUUCGAGAGUGGACCCUGCAAGGCCUUCCCAGUGAUCCAUUCUCGGCAGAGAAUGGUAUCAUUGUGACCAGGGGUCGACGUUGGCCUAUAAUGAUUGAUCCGCAAGGACAGGCCAAUAAGUGGAUCAAGAACAUGGAAGCGAAGAAGGACCUCAAAAUCAUUGACCUCAAGCAGUCGGAUUUCAUGAGAACAUUGGAAGCCGCCAUCCAAUACGGCAAGCCAGUUAUGUUGCAGGGUGUUCUAGAGGUCAUUGACCCCGCUUUGGAUCCGAUCCUCAACAAGUCCGUGAUCAAGAAGGGUGGUCAACUUACCAUUAAGCUCGGCGACAAAGAAAUAGAGUACAAUCCCGACUUCCGCUUCUAUAUUACCACAAAAUUAGCAAAUCCUCAUUAUUCCCCUGAGGUCUUUGCAAAGGCUACCAUUGUGAACUUCGCCGUUAAGGAAAAAGGUCUUGAAGAUCAGCUCCUGGGAAUCGUGGUUCGUCGUGAGAAACCAGAACUCGAGGAGCAGAAGAACGCAUUAGUUGUGAACGUUGCAGCGGCGAAGAAAAAAUUGGCGGAUCUUGAGGACGAGAUAUUACAUUUAUUGAGCACUGCGCAAGGAUCUCUACUAGACGAUGAGAAACUAGUACUCACCUUGCAGUCAUCCAAAUCAACUGCCGAGCAAGUCACGCAGCAGCUUGUUAUCAGCGAGCAGACUGAAAAGCGGAUCGACACUGCUCGAGAAGGAUAUCGGCCUUGCGCUCAACGUGCGUCCAUCUUAUACUUUGUGCUAAACGACCUGGCGACCGUGGACCCAAUGUACCAAUUUUCACUUGAUGCGUACACGGAUUUAUUCGAUAAAUCGAUCAGCAAAAGCAAAAAAUCUGAAGAGCUUGCGGAACGGAUUGCAAACCUGAAUGAGUUCCAUACGUACUCGGUGUACAAAAACACUUGCCGGGGCUUAUUUGAGUCCCACAAAUUGCUAUUUGCUUUCCAGAUGACGGUUAAGAUUAUGGAGGCAGCCAAGAAGCUCCCCAAGGAAGAGUAUGACUUUUUCUUAAGAGGCGGGCAGGUCCUCGACAGGGACAGGCAAUUGCCCAACCCAUACUCAGAGUGGAUAACGGAGUCUGCGUGGGAUAAUAUAACCGAAUUGGAUGUCCUACCCGCGUUUUCCGGUCUUGUCAGCUCACUGGAGCAAAGUGAGCGAGAGUGGAAGGCGUGGUUUAUGACCAGUGACCCCGAAGAGACCGCACUGCCAGGCGAAUGGGAGAACAAGCUCAACGACCUUCAACGCAUGCUAGUAGUGCGAUCGUUACGCCCUGAUCGGGUGAUCUUCUGUGCCAGCAAGUUUGUCAUUGCGAACCUCGGCCAGAAAUUUGUAGAGCCCCCCAUUUUGGAUAUUGCAGAUAUUUUAGCCGACUCCUCACCUCGCAUACCCCUCAUUUUCGUUCUAUCCCCAGGUGUCGAUCCGACAAGUUCCUUAAUGUCCCUUGCACAAAAGCGUGGCAUGUCUGGGCGCUUCAAUUACCUGUCACUUGGACAAGGCCAGGCCCAAAAGGCAACCAAGAUGAUACAGGAUGGGAUCCGCGAAGGUAACUGGGUUUUCCUAGCAAAUUGUCAUCUGUCGAUCAGUUGGAUGCCGACAUUGGACAAGAUCGUUGAGGGUCUUACGUCUGAGCAUCCUCAUCCGGACUUCCGCCUAUGGCUCUCAAGUAGUCCGCAUCCGCAAUUCCCAAUUUCGAUUCUGCAAAGUGGCAUUAAAAUGACGACCGAGCCACCGAAGGGUAUACGAGCAAACCUUGCUCGUCUGUACGCAGGUUUCACGGAAGAGAACUUCAACCGAUGUACGAAGUUAGAUGUUUACAAAAAGCUCCUCUUCUCGCUUUGCUUCUUCCAUAGCGUUCUCAUUGAGAGGAAGAAAUUCCAGACGCUUGGCUGGAAUGUAACUGCGGAUUUCAAUGACUCUGAUUUUGAAAUCUGCGAGAAUUUGAUGGUAGUACUUCUGGACGAAUAUCAAGAAACGCCCUGGGACGCACUGAAAUAUCUUAUUGCGGAAGCAAAUUACGGUGGCAGGAUAACAGAUGAUUGGGAUCGGCGAGUUUUACGAAGUUACAUCAACACGUUGUUUAGCGAUGAGGCGAUACAAACUCCACAAUUUAGAGUUUCAUCAUUACCGAAUUAUUAUAUCCCCGAAUCGACAGAUCUUCCGGGAUUCCGCGACUAUGUCGCCUCUCUGCCAGCCUUUGAUAAGCCUGAAGUUUUUGGUCAACAUCCGAACGCAGAUAUUGCGAGUCAAAUUCGGGAAUCCGGAAAUAUGCUGCAAAGUUUGUUAUCCCUUCAACCCCAGGUGACCACUGGUGCUGGAGCUAGUCGUGAAGACAAAGUAUAUGCAAUUGCUUCGGAUAUGUUACGUCGACUACCGGAAGAUAUUGACUAUGAUGCGACGUACAAAAUGGUGCAACAUGAUAUGUCCCCAACAACGGUCGUGCUACUGCAGGAGAUCUCGCGAUAUAACGAUCUUUUGAUCAAGAUACGAAGGUCGCUUACGGACUUACAAAACGGCAUCAAGGGUAUCGUGGUCAUGUCACCGGAAUUGGAGGAAACGUUCAACUGCAUUUUUGAAAGCCGAGUGCCGCCACAGUGGGGAAAAGCUUAUGGGUCGCUGAAGCCCCUCGCUGCGUGGACCCGCGACUUGACACUUCGCGUUGAGUUUUUCGCUGACUGGGCGAAAGGGGUGGAACCUAAGCUCUUCUGGCUUGGUGCUUUCACCUUCCCAACCGGCUUCCUGACGGCGGUUCUGCAGAAGACGGCGAGACGAAAUAACAUCGCCAUCGAUGCACUGUCGUGGGACUUUACUGUUCUUCAGCUUGAAGACGACAGCCAUGUUCAGCAACCGCCCAAGGAAGGGGUUUAUAUAAAACAUUUGUACCUUGAAGGCGCCAGUUGGGACCGCAAAAGCAAUUGCCUCACGGAGCCGAAACCAAUGGAACUCAUAACCCCUAUGCCCCCCAUUCACUUUAAACCAGUGGACAGUAAGAAAAAAUCUGUCAAGGGCGUGUACAGUUGUCCACUAUACUACUAUCCAGUUCGGUCCGGGACAAGAGAACGCCCUUCUUUUGUGAUUGCUUUGGAACUGAAGACUGGGCAGCAUGAUCCAGAUUUCUUUGUCAAACGUGGAACAGCAGCUUUAACUUCGUUGAGCUGAACAAAUGUAAUUAUGUAUAUAGAAAACUAGACUAAAGGGUUUUUCUGCCUUUAAUACAAAUCGGAGUGAGUAUAAGUUCGCCCA